AUGACGAUGAGUCUGAAGUCCAGCACGUGCCGCAGCUUCGUGCGCGUGCGCCCCUUCACGCCGUCCGAGGCGAAGGUGUGCCCCGAGGACAGUGCCAUCCCCCGCGGCAUCCUCAAAUGGGACGGCAAUAGCGUCAUCUCCGUCCUCGACCCGCAAAACUACUUUGAGGUGCGUCGCAACGCCGUGUUUGCGGUCAACGAGGUGCUCUGGUCUUUCCAGGAACCAGGAGAGGAGACGGUCAAGUCUUCGAAUAAGCAGAAGCCCGCCACGCAGCAGGAUGUGUACAACCGUGUCGUGGCGCCGAUGAUACCGGCGAUCGUGGAGGGCUACAAUACCGCCUUCUGCGUCGCCGGUGCCAGCAGCAGCGGCCGCUUCUACACCCUCUAUGGCAGCGAGGCUGAAGGCCCCAACCGCGGCAUUUUGCCCCGCUUUGCGGAGGACAUCAUAUCCUCCUUCAAAACGAACGCGCAAACCAACAGCUCCAUUAGCGUGGAACUGGAGGCGGUGGACAUCUCCGGUGAGACCUACGUCGACCUCCUCGCCACGGGCCGCCACGGCGGCAGCAUCCAAGCUUCCGCGGAUUCACUGAAGCUGAUAUCGACCCCCAGCGGGCCACGGCUGGUGGGUGUCAACAGCGUCGAUGCAGAUGGCACGCCGGAGCUGAUAAAGGUGAUUCAGCAGCUCCACCGCAUUGUGGAAAAGCGUAACUGCACGCACACCGUCUCCUUCCGCCUCACCGAGACGUUUGAGUUCGAGGAUCCGGAGAAUGUGAACCAGUCCGUGAGCAAGUCACGUCGCGUGCAGGUGCUGUUUGUGCUCCUGCGCAACAUGCCUUCCGCCUUCCAGCGCUGCAUCGAUGUCGCCGUGGAGCACGACAGUGGGGAGAAUCCGUUGGCCAAGGUGCCGGUGCGCGAGUGUGCCUUCACGAAGCUGUUCCCAUCGCUCCUGCAGCAAGGCUUCCACCUGAAUAUGAUCUCGUGCGUCAGCCCCUAUUACGAGCAUAUGCGAGAAGACAUCAACACGCUUCAGUUUAGCGUGAAGGUGAAGCAGCUGAGGGGCAACCCGCAGCUGCUCCACGAUGAGAGCUUCGUGGAGAUGCGCCGGCUGGCGGACGAGGUAAAGGACCUGCAGGUGGAGAAGAAGAAGACGCAUGAGGCGUUGUCGGUCGUGCAGAACGAGCUGAACGCGCGCGAGGUGGAGCUGAUGAAGCAGGAGGCUGACUAUAACAAGACGACGAACGAAAUCACUGAGUCGCACCAACAGGUAAAGCUGGCGACGAUCGGCCGCAACAUGGAGGCCGAACGCUCGAACCGUGCGCGCAAGCUGAUGAACACGGAGUUGAACAAGAAGCGGGCGGAGAUCAAGGAGUUUCAACAGAUGCAGGCGUCCCUCGACGCGGCAACGAAGAGACAGAUGCGCGACGCGGAUGAUGCGAAGGCGCGCGCGGAGGCGGUGGAGGCCAUGUUGAAGAAGCAGAAGAUGAACACUUCCAUCUACGAGGAGCGCCUCAACGAGUACAGGGAGGAGGACAGAAAAACAGAAAGUAUUGAGGCCUUCAACGUUGCCUCCCCCGAUGAGCAGCGGAGGAUUCUCAUCAGCGAGUCGGAUGAGAAGAAGAAUUCGGACGCCGAGAUUCAAAGGAUCGAGCGAGAGCGCUCCACUGCGAGGGGGUUAGACAAUACCGAAGAGCGAAUGCGCGCAAUUCAAGCAGAAUACGACGUGGCCUAUCAAGUCGCAGCGCCGAGUCGGGAGAAGGCGGAGCUGGAGGAGGAGAUCGCCAAGUAUGAGAAAGAAAUAUCCGAGACGGAGUGCGAGAUUCAACGCCUGCAAAGUGAAAUCGAUAAGAAAAAGUCGCAGUGCCAGUGCAACCUCAUGUAG